UUAAUAUUUUCCGAUCGUCCUGCGGUCUGCACGAUAAUUCCUAGAGUCACUGUAGUUGGCAUUACCUGACGCUCGUCCCUUCUUUCCGGUUUGGAACCAUCUUAGGAGUCACGAUUGUGUCAAACAACUAAGGUAAAAUGGAGAACGACGCUGGUGAAUUGGUUGAUCUGUACUGCCCCAGAAAGUGCUCAACGAGCAAUCGUAUCAUUCAUGCCAAAGAUCAUGCCUCGAUUCAGCUGACUCUGGUCGAUGUUGAUCCUCAAUCAGGACGCAUGACUGACACUCACAAAAUGUAUGCAAUCUGUGGAGCCAUUCGUCGUAUGGGUGAAUCUGAUGACUGCAUAGUUCGUUUAGCAAAGAGGGAUGGAAUCCUGGCCAAGAACUACUAAUUGUACUUGUCGAAAUACCCAUAAAUAAAAGUAAGAAAAAAAUUAAACUUGCAUACUCUUAUAUGAUUUUUAUUACACGGUCGAUAAGUAUAACAAUAAUAUCUAUGAAAUGAAUUUGAUGAAGCUUAUAUACACAUAUAGUACAGUA